UCUUCAAGCACUUUGCUUAAACCCUGCACCCUCUCACUCUCCAAACUCUCAAACCCUGCACUCCUCGUGGGUCAUCUCCCUGUAAAUUGCCAUAGGUAUCAUAGUUGUUAAAUUUCUGGACACAAGGGCUUGACGUGUGAAGGAUGGAUGCGCUUUUGUAGUUUAAAGCUUAGUGUAGAAAGUUUAAUACAUAAAUCAGCUCGAACAUUAUGGCCUGGUCGUUGGCAGCUGCACUUGGGAGGAGCAUGGCAGCUGUCCCAGCUGCUCGAUCAGCUGCUAUGGCCGCUACAUUCUUCUGUAGAGGUGUAAGUUGCUAUUCAACUACUGUGCCCAAUGAUCCAGACACCCAUGAAGAUUUUAGGCCCACUAUUAAGCUUGAGAGUUCUGGUCUAUCAUUGAAGGACAUUGUUGAACAGGAUGUGAAAGAGAAACCCGUUAUGAUUUAUAUGAAAGGGGUGCCUGAUCUUCCUCGCUGCGGGUUCAGCUCAUUAGCUGUGAGGGUGCUGAAAGAAUAUAGUGUACCUAUAAGCGCCAGGAAUAUAUUGGAAGACCUUGAACUUAAGAAUGCCGUAAAAGCUUAUAGCAACUGGCCUACAUUCCCACAAAUAUUCAUCAAAGGUGAGUUCAUUGGGGGAUCAGAUAUCAUCCUGAAUAUGCAUCAGAAUGGUGAGCUUAAGGAAAAGCUGAAGGACAUUAUGGGCGGAUCUGAAAAAGCGGAAUGAGAUAUGUUGCAGAAAUCAUACAUAUUUGGAAAGCAGAAAGUGGUUACUAGAUAUACAAGUUAGUAAAUAAAAAUUUAUUGCAGCACAUUGUAGAGAUUUUCUUUAGUGGUUCUGCACGCAAUACAGAGGUUAAUUGUGACAAUCUUGAGGUUUAGGAUCGGGCUUUUGAAGUUCAGCAUGGGGUUUUCUUUGACAUAUACAUGCAUAUGUAUGGAAUUGCAGCUGUCCCAGUGUCUUUUUUGACAGAAAUGUCUUCCUUUACUAUAGUACUAUUUUCA